GGGGGCUCGUUCGCCCGGCAUCAGGCAUCAGGUUCUGGAUGUUUGUUAGUUUUUUCAGAACCUUCAUCCUCACAGUAAAAAAAGCUGUGUGGGAGACGCUUCUGGAUCACCAGCACCACUUCAAGACUCAAGUCACGUUUGUUAAACAGACACAUCCUCUCCUCCUCUUCUCCUCGUCUCCUCCUCCUCCUCUUCUCCUCGUCUCCUCCUCUCUUCCAUCUCUUUCUCAGCUUCUCCUUGUUUUAUGUCUCUCACUCUCUUUCAUCCGCUCCUCUCUCCCCCUUCGCCUCUUUCUUCCUCCUCUCAGUGGCUAAGAUGACUGCCAUGACAAUUCAAUGAGAGGAGAGGACAGCGAGUGAAGUACCCCCCCCUGCCCCCCCCCCUGGAAAGAAGGAGUGCUCAAGGUAAAGAGAGGAGGAGAAGAAGAGGCGCGAGGGCGGGAGAGAGAGAGAGGGAAAGCGAAGGAUUAGCGGUGGAUGGAGGCGGCUUGGACCGGGGCUACGGAGCGCUCUCCAUUGACGAAGAAGAAGAAGAAGAAGAACAGCGGCAGCAGCCGGGAGGAGAAGAGAUGGAGGCGAAAGGCAGGAGCAUGCCUCCAGAUAUCAGCUUCCUCCCUCGCCCGGCCAUGGUGUGGUGCGAGCGGGGCAUCCAGGUGCUGCUGACCACCAUGGGGGCGUUCGCGGCCUUCGCCCUGAUGACGGUGGCCAUCGGCACGGACUACUGGCUGUACGCCCGCGCCUUCAUCUGCAACAGCACGGCCAACUCGUCCCAGGACGACGCCAACAACAAGGACAAGAAGGACCCCGGGGCCCUCACCCACUCGGGCCUCUGGAGGAUCUGCUGCCUGGAAGGCCUGAAGCGAGGUGUGUGUUCCCAGAUCAAUCAUUUUCCAGACGACGCCGACUACGACCAAGAUUCUGCAGAGUAUCUGCUGCGCGUGGUCCGAGCCUCCAGCAUCUUCCCCAUCCUCAGCGCCAUACUGCUCCUGCUCGGCGCCGUGUGCGUCGCUUCCAGCAGCUUCUACAAGAGCAAAAGGAACAUCGUCCUCGGCGGGGGGAUCCUCUUCGUGGCUGCUGGCCUCAGCAACAUCAUCGGAGUGAUUGUGUACAUCUCGGCGGCCCUCAGCGACAUCUCCCCCAAGAAAGACGAGGACAAGAAGUGGCACUACUCCUACGGCUGGUCCUUCUACUUCGGCGGCCUGUCCUUCAUCCUGGCCGAGAUGGUGGGUGUCCUCGCCGUCAACAUCUACAUCGAGAAGAACAAGGAGCUGCGCUGCCGCUCCCGCGCCGACCUCUUCAAGAGCACCACGCACGCCGUGCUGCGGCUGCCCAGCUACCGCUUCCGCCGGCGCUCCCGCUCCAGCUCGCGCUCCACCGACCCGCCGCGCUCGCAGGAAAACUCGCCCAUCGGCACGUCCAAGACCUUCAGCCUGCCGCCGUCGGCCCCGCCCUUCUCCGUGGCCACCCUGCCCAACCCGCACCACACCAGCAGCAGCGGGAGCGGAGGAGGAGGCGCCGGCGCCGGCGACAUCUCCAUGUACACCCUGACGCGGGACUCAAAGCUGGGCAGCCUCGGCGGCGGCGCCCCGCCCCUCUACGGCACGGUGGACCGCGCCACGCUGUACCAGCUCCACAACUACUUCCCAAAAGACGGAGGCGGCGGAGGAGGAGGCGGAGCGGUGAUAAGCAGCGGCACACUCCCGUCUCACUCCAAGUCCAACUUGGCGGCGGCGGCAGUGGCCCAGACCGCGGCGCCGCUGAACACCUCCACGUCGGCCGUGGCACCGGCUCAGUCGGCCCCCAUAUCCACGGCCACCAUGGAGAGGGACCGGGGGAACAUGGGCACCCUGGACCGGCUCACAGCCAAGAGGGACCGCGACAGCAACUCAGACACUCUGAACAGGAAGACCACGCCGGUUUAGAACGGAGAGCGGAGGGAGCCGGUCGCCAUGACAGCGAGACGGCGGUUGAAAGAGAGGGAGAGAAGGGCUGAACAUGUUUUCCAUCCUUGAGCCUGAGGUAUCGAGCUGCCGUACUUACUCACUGAUAUCAUUUACAGUCAUAGAACACCGUGACAUUUUGUGCAAAUUCACGACGACUGCCUUAAAAUGGUCAUGACUUUAGUUUCAAAAACUUCAAAAAGUCAACGACGAGGCGUCGGUGCGGCGGAGGCAGCGACUGGGAGCCUUCCAGUAAAAAAGUGUCCCGUGGGAGCGUCUGGGGGUUAAGUGCCUUGCUGAAGAGGCGGGUGAGCUCAAUGAUAUUCGUUUUACCCUUCUAGAAUUAAUCAACUUUACGACUCGAUGUUGGUAUUAAAAAGUCAUCAGAAGUAAAACUGAAUCAAAAGUGAAGGCCUUCACACGUCCAGACGUCCACUUUGGAAAGCACCCAAUCGAGGCUCUCCUAACACUUCAAAGCACCACUUACAUUGAAAUAAGCAAGUGUCCAGAUGGUGUAAGUCACCGGUCUGUUUUUAAAAAGAACACUGAGCCACAGACGGGUCCCUUCAGCCAAGAGACAAUCUGCCCGGUGAUCAGUUGAGUGCUAAUUUAGGGUCAAAGGUAGCUACGUAACCUCGGCCAUAUCUUACCUACUGACACACGCCUGAGCCUGUUCCCUUUUCACCGCCUCAAAGGCAGUUGCAGUGACAGAUGGGCAUUCUCCACACGCCCAGCCGUAGACUUAAAGCUUCACCCCGUACGCCUCCGCCACACCUCUGCUAGUUGUCACAGUUUGGUCAAACGCCGCAAGAAAUGUCCACCUGAAGAGGAAACGUCAUCGGACGCCUGAUUCCUCCAGUCUCGGUUCAAAAGUGAGAGGCGAUAGGAGACUUCUUUUGCCUUGAGCGGUCGUAGCAUUCGUAGAGGAGCUUCUGUGAGGGUUAGUCGGCUAAACUGAUUCCAGGGUUUCUGGGACUGUUUAUGAAGGUGAGUUCAUACCGAAGGAUACAAAGAAGCAUCAUUUGAGUGCUCGUACCAAGGGCUGCAACCACAGGCCACAGGGUGGGGGUCAAUUCAGUUUACACUCAGGGGGGGGGUUAACUUGCAUGAUAUAGUGUCUAUCAUAUUAUCUGACUUUUCACCUUUACCCAGGGACGGCACGACGGAUCAGCGAGAGGAAAAUGCCAAACACUCGUUUUAUUUAGAAAAAAUAUGCUUUUGUCAGGAAUGAAAGAAAUCAUAAAGUUUGUGUCGGAACAACUCGGCGGCUCCAACACAACUGACUGGUUCGCCUUUUCGCUAAGAAAGUCGUUUUAAAGUCGCCAUCAAAAACACAACACUUGGAAAAGAUAUUAUAGUGCAAAAUGACCAGAUUGUGGAUUAUGUAAAACGUUCUGAGCGGUGUUGUCAUUUCUGAGGCUUGACAGCAACAUGACUUUUCUGAAACGGACGACACUUUGGAUUGAAACUCUUCUCGUGUUUUUAAUCUGAAUAUUGGAUUUAUGUUCUGAACUCUCGAAUCCACUGAACCUUGCAAGAGGUAGAGAGCACAUCAGCUAACCGCUAACAGCUAACCCCUUCCCUCUGUCUCUCUUUCAGCUAUAACUAUAUACUAUUUCACAAACUAGAAUAAUAAAUGUAUUAUUGAGUAUAUUAUUGAUCCAUUUCCUUCAACAAAAGCACAUAAUGUCUGUAAAUGGUAAUCUGUGGGUUGUCUCUAGGCUACAUGAGAUUGUACCUCCUUGAGUAUUAAUAUCAUCUUGCUGGUGUUUCUAUGAUCGUACUUAUUGCAGGGUAUUUAUACAUUUUUUAAAUCUUUUCUUUUUGUAAUUUUUUAUAAUUGUUUCAAGGACUUUUGUGUUUCCUUUCUGUCGGGUGUCACGUGGGUGUGAGCGGGUCCUUUGCAUCCGUUCGUUGGUACGGGGCGAGUUGACUGAGCGUGCAUGCUCCUCUUCAGCAACACCUCGGUUCACCCUUUACGCACACGCUCUUUUUCUCUUUGCCAAAUAAUGUUUUUGUUUAAUUUUCUCUUUAUCCAUCAUUACACUGUAAUUUACUCCGAA